AUGAUCGAUCCUCUUCUUAGUCAAGGCGCCGGAUGGGGAAUUGUUAUCGGGUUUGGUGCAUACUUUACUAUUGUUAUGAUAUUGCUAACUAUCGCCCAGAAACAUUAUCUCAGAGAAUCGGAAUCAAGUGAAAUGUUUAUGACAGCUCGUCGUUCCAUAAAACCUGGUCUAAUCGCGUCUGCCAUAGUCUCUUCUUGGACAUGGGCCGCUACAUUGCUCCAAUCUACUACUGUUGCUUAUAGAUACGGUGUCUCUGGACCUUUCUGGUAUGCUUCUGGUGCUACUGUUCAGGUUUUACUUUUCUCCGUUCUUGCUAUAGAGCUUAAGCGUAAAGCUCCAAAUGCUCAUACCUUUCUGGAAAUCAUACACGUCCGUUACGGAAAAACUGCACACAUAGUAUUUCUUUGCUUCGCUCUGGCAACAAAUAUGAUCGUAACCGCUAUGUUGUUACUUGGUGGAUCGGCAGUUAUAAAUGCGCUUACGGGCGUCAAUGUGGCCGCCUCAUGUUUUUUACUUCCUGCUGGCGUGUUAAUUUAUACCCAUUUUGGAGGAAUCAAAGCUACCUUUUUGACGGAUUACAUACACACCACUAUUAUCUUUAUAAUCAUUAUUUCUUUUUCAUUCAUUGUCUACUGCUCGUCUUCCAUUGGAUCUCCACAAAAAAUGUACGACCUAUUGAUUCAGGCUUCACACAAAAAUCCGGUAGAAGGCAACGAAAAGGGUUCUUAUCUCACGAUGUCCUCUUCACAAGGAUUGGUAUUUGGAAUCAUAAACAUUAUAGGUAAUUUUGGUACUAUAUUUGUUGACAAUGCGUACUGGCAAAGGGCUAUUGCCUCUCGACCAUCGUCAGUUGUCAAGGCGUAUUUAAUUGGUGGUCUGUCAUGGUUUGCUAUUCCGUUCACCCUUGCUACUACCAUGGGUAUUUCUGCUGUUGCCCUUUCCGGAAAAGGUGAAUUCGAUAACAUAACAGAUAGUGACAUUUCUGCUGGCCUGGUACUUCCUCUUGCGGCCUCUAAACUUUUGGGUGACACUGGAGCAUUUGCUGUACUCGUGUUGGUUUUCAUGGCUGUCACAUCUGCAGCCUCCGCUGAACUUAUUGCUGUAUCAUCCAUUUAUACAUAUGAUAUUUAUCGCACCUAUAUUUCUCCAAUGGCUUCGGGUGAACAAGCAAUUGCACAAUCACGUUAUUCGAUUAUUUGCUUCGGCAUUUUCAUGGGAGCUCUUGCCAUUAUUCUCAAAUCUACUAACAUUAAACUUGAAUAUCUGUACUUACUAAUGGGUAUCAUCUCCUCCCCGGCUGUAAUUCCUAUUACCUUCACGAUUACCUGGAGAAAACAAAGUAGAAAGACUGCUAUUGGUGCAUCAAUAAUUGGUAUUCUGUCUGGAAUUUUCGUUUGGUUAGGAACUACUAUGAUAAUUUAUGGUGAAAUUACCAUCUUAUCUACCGGCAAAAAUCAUCCCAUGCUUGCCGGAAAUGUAACUUCUUUACUAGUUUCGCUGGUAGUUACCACGAUAUGGUCUUUAAUCUCUCCUGAUAACUUUGAUUUCGAGCAGAUGCAUAACGCACUACGAACCCUUGACGAUGACGGAACUAUAGUCCCUCAGGAACCAGAUCGCGCUAAUCUACGAAAAUCAUUUAGAUUUGCUGUCUGGUGUAGUUUCAUAUUAACCUUGAUAUUAAUAAUUAUAUGGCCACUUCCAAUGUAUUUCUCGAAAUAUGUUUUCUCAAGCGAGUUUUUCACAUUUUGGGUUGUCAUCUCCAUUGUUUGGGCAAUCCUUGGCGCCUAUUCUGUGGUUAUAUACCCGGUUUACGAGUCGAGAAAAAGCAUUUAUAAUGUAUCAUAUGGUAUUCUAUUUGAUAUUAGAAGGCUCAUCGAGAAAGUUACAACUACCUUACGAAAGCACUAA